CCGAAGCGUAUCUUGUUUGUUUCAUGCUACCUUCAUUCCUUCGAGUUACACCUUGUAUCUGGUAUAGUUGGCGUUUUCCCGACCUGCAACAGACUCAGAAUAUCCAGGGAGCCUGCUGGCAUGACCUAAUCCUAUAACCACGUACCUGACGCGGCGCAAAAAGAAAUCUGACCUCAAAGAACUUGCCCGAUAUCGUUUUCCAAUCCAAAGGCCGUUUUCGAGGCUGACAAUGCAAUCUCAAGACGGGGGAUAAAACGGGAUACUUUAGCCCCCAAGUUCAGCCGGCUGUGAGCGACUAUACAAGAUACUUAAUACACGGACACAAUGGCUGCGCAGUCGACGUUGCGACCUCCACAGGAUCCCUUGCUCCUCCUCUUUGCCUACUAUUCGAAGCUGUUGCAAGACCGAUUCCGCAAAUCGUCCAAGACUGCUAAGCUAAUUGCAACUAUAAUUCUUUUAUUAUCGAUAAUCGGAAGUGGGUAUGGGGGAUAUCGCUGGUGGCAUGAAUGGUCGAAGGAGAGGGCUGAGGGGAAACGCCUGGUGAGGAAGAAUUCCGGUCUUCGCGGCAAGGAUGGAACACGGAUAAUAUAUGUCCCCUACAAGUCGUCGGUAACGACUUCCGAUACCUCCAAAGUAACCAUUCGCCCGACAAAAUUGACGACAUUCGAUGCGCAUCGACGGCUAUUUCUUAAUCCUCCCAGGGCUGCCGGCCUCGGUGAUAUAUCAUCUCUACCAUCCCAAAUUCCGCCCCCCUCUACCAGACCAGGCUUGAAUCUGGCCUUCCUGCACCAGUUUCUCAGUCUCUUAAGCAUCAUGAUUCCGAGGUGGAGGAGCAAGGAAACUGGAUUCUUGAUUGGUCACGGCGUCUUUCUCAUGCUCAGAACAUAUCUAUCUCUCGUGGUAGCACGACUUGAUGGAGAGAUUGUGCGAGAUUUGGUCGCUGGCAAGGGUAAAGCCUUCCUCUGGGGCCUGAUAAAAUGGUGUGGAAUCGGCACAUUCGCGUCUUACACCAAUUCUAUGAUCAAGUUCCUCCAGUCCAAAGUCUCUAUUGCCUUCCGAACGCGACUCACAAGGUAUAUACAUGACCUUUACCUAAACGAUAACAUAAACUAUUAUAAACUCUCCAAUCUUGAUGGCGGUGUUGGCGAGUCGGCGGACCAAUUCAUCACGCAGGAUCUCACCCGGUUCUGUGCGGCCUCUGCGAAGCUAUAUUCUUCUAUUGGGAAACCACUAGUGGACCUCUUCGUUUUCAACUACCAACUCUAUCGUUCGCUGGGACCCCUAGCACUGACAGGAAUCCUCAGCGGAUAUUUCGGUACAGCAACAAUACUGCGUCGACUUUCUCCACCAUUCGGAAAGUUGACAGCGGUCGAGGGUAAGAAGGAGGGUGACUUUAGAGGUCUCCACUCCCGACUUCUGGCAAAUGCUGAAGAGGUGGCGUUCUACGGCGGAGCUGAAAUGGAACAUGUGUUCCUCUCCAAAAGUUUUAAGGAUCUACAACGAUGGAUGGAGGGCAUAUAUAGCCUGAAAAUCCGCUAUAAUAUGCUUGAAGAUAUGAUUCUUAAGUAUUCUUGGUCCGCCUUUGGGUAUCUAAUCACGUCGCUUCCAAUAUUCCUGCCUGCGUGGGGCGGCCUAGCUGGUGUUUCCGAGAUGGCUCUCUCGUCUAUCGAAACUUCUGGGAGGGAGAGAGAUCGAAUGAAGGAUUUCAUUACAAACAAGCGACUUAUGCUUUCCCUAGCGGAUGCUGGUGGCCGUAUGAUGUACAGCAUUAAAGACCUUUCUGAGUUGGCAGGAUAUACCUCUCGCGUCUAUACGUUAAUAUCAACUCUCCACCGGGUACAGGCUAAUGCAUAUGCAUCUCGCCGUGGUUCCCAUCCUGAAUUAUACUCACUUUCAGAUGUCCAGGGGACGAUCCAUAGCGGAUUCGACGGCGUGCGUCUAGAACAUGUACCUGUAGUAGCGCCGUCUCUCUUCCCUCAAGGGGGUGAUGAACUUAUCGAAUCAUUAUCCUUUAUAGUGCGUUCUGGCGAGCAUCUUCUAAUUUCAGGACCGAAUGGUGUCGGAAAAUCCGCCAUUGCUCGCAUCGUCGCGGGUCUCUGGCCUGUUUACCGGGGCCUGGUUAGUCGGCCGAGAGGAUUUGGUGUAGAUGGCAUAAUGUUCCUCCCGCAGCGUCCAUACCUUAGCCUCGGCACCCUACGUGACCAAGUCAUUUAUCCCCAUAGCGAAAUGGACAUGUUAGAAGAUGGGAGGAGUGACGCGGAUCUACUUCAAGUGCUGAACGAUGUCCAUCUUGGCUACCUACCCGAUCGUGAGGGUGGUUGGGACUGCCGCAAAGAAUGGAAGGACGUCCUAAGCGGUGGCGAAAAGCAACGCAUGGGUAUGGCAAGGCUCCUCUACCACGAGCCUCGAUAUGCAUUCAUCGAUGAGGCUACGUCUGCUGUCUCCUCUGAUGUCGAAGGCUUGCUCUAUGAAAAAGCCAAGCAGCGGGGUAUCACUUUGAUCACAAUCUCCACGCGUGUUUCGCUGAAAAAGUACCACACCUUCAAUCUCACCCUUGGCAUGGGACCGGACGGCACAGAAUGGGAAUUCGACCGCAUCGGCACGGAAAAGGAGAAGAUGGGUGUCGAGAAGGAAAUACAGGAGCUCCGCAAGCGACUUGAUCAAGUUGAGGGGUGGAAGGCACGGAAGCAGGAAAUCGAUGCCGAGUUGCAAAAGGUGUGGGUUCGUGAUGGUGAGGCUGAGCUGGCUCCUCCGCCAUACCAGGCGGGCGAAAAAGAUGAGGUCGAAGCUGAAGGGCAAAACGAAUAGGGGGGUGGAGACGCGGAUGCCCCGCGGAAUGCGGAUUGAGAUGCAUAUGUAGUGCCCAUACAGCUACGGAUAAUCUGUAUGCACAAGCUGGAAUCACAGAAUAGAAUUGUGUGAGGCGCUCUGUUUGGUGGAUCGGCUGCGUCUAUUUUUUGUUACGUCAUACUUAAUUUUUCCAAUUGCUAGCAUCACAUGAAUGAUCCAUUUGAAACUAGUUGCAUCUUCUCAGAAUAAUAAGAAAAAAAUAAUAAUUUUGACAUCCUAACAUACCUUGG